UUCAAGAACCAGACACAGCGUUGAAUGACAAUGACAUAACAGAAAUUUUUACCUCACAUGUUGUCAUGGAUACUGUACCAGAAAAAAUAGGUCACCUGUUUUACAGUCUGAAACAGUUGAUUUCAAAGAUUUGUCAUGGAAACCUGGAAUCAGAUACAGAUUACUACAGUAGUAGAGAACAGAUUAUCACAUUUUACUCAUUUCUCAAAAAGUUUUUAUACAGGUUACCCAGGAAUCUAAAUGGUGAGGAAGAAGAAAUUAUACAAAAAAUUGUCACCUUAUUACACAGCGUUGUUAUGUAUGUUGACCGUCUGACUGAUAUGAAAUAUGACAUCACACUAUCUACGUCAUCACGUGAUUACAGCAGAUUCCACUUGAACCUUGACCUAUACUGGAAUACAUUAGAAAUCUUGUGUCUGUUAGAAGAUAAAUUUAUAGAUUCUUUACCACUGAAGAAAAUAAGUUCUAGUUACAGUUCUGAUGAUGUUGAAAGUAGGUCACUGCUGCCUCAGAUGGUACAGAUUGUAGUAUGGGAACUUAUAGCCAUAGCAAUCUCAAAUUUCCAGAAGAAGAACAGUCAAGACUUAAUUCACAGUUCUCCUUUUGACUGUAGCUGUGUACAGGACAUGUGGAAGUUAUUGGCUUGUCUGCUGAACCAUAAAGGGGAGUCUUUUUGGGUGAACUUACAUGAAGUGAUACAGACUUUGUUGGGAGCUGAAAUUAAAUUACCAGAAGAUGUCGAAAUAGACAGUGAUGUAUACAUGUACCCACCUGUAGAUAACCUAACUUUGAAUGAUAACAGUAAAUUCUGUAUCUGGAUGAUAACCAAUGUGGCCAUAGUGGUGAGAGGCAAUGAGGAUGAUAAAAUUGUAACAGCAAGUAAUUAUUAUGAUGUAAAUGCUGUAAUAAAGAAAGUUGUUAAUAAGGGAGAAGUUAAUGAAUUAGACCUGCGGUUUUAUUUAAGAUGUUGUCAGCAGUUAUGUACAAUUUGGGAACCAAAUAUAAACCUCCUAGUUAUAUUUUGGGAUUAUUUCUACAAACGAAUGAACAGUACAUUCCAGUUGAAAACAGUAUCAAUAGACAGUUUACAGACAGUCAGCAAAACAGCAGUAGACCUUCUAGAAAAAUGUAAAAAGUACAGUUCUGGCCAAAAAGCAACUAAACAGAAUGAGACAAGUUAUCAGUUGUACCUAGGACUGUUGGGAAAUCACCUAAGACGAUUAGUAGAAACACAUUCCAUGCAGGAGUGGAAACAGAUGAAGGGGAGAAUAUAUUCCAAAUUUCACCAGAGAAGAAUACAAGAAUUAACAGAGACAGGACUAAACAAUUUCACCACUUUAUUUCUUUGUUUAGCUCUAACAGCUGAUGUAGAGGAUGUUAGUACAAAGCUAAGUGGAUUCUAUGAUAUGAUAGAAGUAAAUCGUCAAAAUGUAGGAAAGUUAACAAUGACUUGGAAAGGCAUGUUUGCAUUAAUGUUACUAUAUUUAGAAAGAAACAUGGAUGUCAAAUUCAUUGCAACUAAAAUUGCAACCUCCUUCAGCAAUAUUUGUUUAGAAUUUGAAGUAUUUGAAUCAGAUCCAGGUUUUAGACACAGUCUAUGGAAGUUGAUCAAAGUUUAUAUUUUUCAGGAAUUUGAAGUAUUUGAAUCAGAUCCAGGUUUUAGACACAGUUUAUGGAAGUUGAUUAAUGUCUAUUUAGAUGGAACACAAGAAGUAUUUGAUUCUUCCAAAGAUGUCGGUUUAUCUCAGUAUUUGUUGAUAGGAGAAGGCUAUUCUAAGUUGUUAAAGACAUGUAGGAAUAAUGAGGUACCAACAGUUAUAUCAGGACUACAAGAUGUUAUUAGUAAAGUCAGGCUGACAAGUUUAUCUGACAAGAGAGAUGUGUUUGGUAUUACAAGUGGUAAUUUCCAACAAGCUGAAGUAUUCCACAAUGCAGUAUUUUGCAACAUCUAUCCACCUGUUAGAGACCUUUGUCAGAGUCAAACAGCACAAGUUCAGUUAGCAGACAUAUUGGCUGAGAUUUCCUUGUUGGCAUUAGAUUGUAAACCAGAUGAUUAUUUCACUGUAAUGAAGUUGAUGUUGAACUGUGAAAACAUAAAUAAAAAUAUUGUAUGCAGAUACCUCAGUCACAUUGUCACAGUUGAUAAUGCCCUUGACCUUUUAUCAAGUCACAUGACCAACUAUCAAACUGCCUUGAUACAAACCUGGAUAAGAUGUGCUGUAUUGGUGCCUGCUUCAUCACAACAACUUCAGGCCCUGAACAGAAGCAUGCUGAAUCUACCAGCUGUACAAGGUAUCUUGAACAGAGCCAGUUACAUUGUACCAGACGAACAUGACAAGAUCUUAUUCCAUGUAUUCAAAGCUAUACAGAACUUGUAUGAUAAAUUAGAGAAUUGGAAGGAGAAAAUAGAACUUCGUGACCAAGUGACAGAUUAUGUGAAGGAUAUUCAUCGCCAUGUCAUGCCAUUCUUACAAACGUUCCGACCAGUAGAAACUCUAUCUACAGCUUACUCUAUUAUAGGCUAUCUUAUCAAGUGUUGUGCUCACCUUUUGUAUGUCAAGUCCAAACCAAACUGUCCACUCCCUGACAUUAUAAACACAAUGAUAGUACCACAUACAUUGUUCAAGAAAGAUAAACCAAUGAGUCCAGUCUUCUUAGGAAUUAUCAGGGAUCACUUACAUUUGUUUGUUAGUGGAUUAGCCAAUCUUGAUUUUAAAAGAGACCCUUUCAUACAGAGAAGGCUGAAGGACAUUGUCACUAUAUAUUUGGUCAAAUUCUGGAAUUCAGCAGGAAGUACUUCAUCCCUUGUUCAUCCAAUAGUAAUGUCUUUGAAAGGAAGUUAUGGUCGACAGCCAUUGGAAUCUUCUGUGAGCUUUAGGCAAUAUAUUUUUGAGCUGGUUAAAGAGACCUUUAUGGUGAUAUCUCCAACAUACAAUUUGCCAGAAAAUUAUCAGAUGUCCUUAUAUUUUACAAGAGACGUAAUCAACAGAACAGUAAACAAAGAAGUCAUAGCCAGCGAUUUAUGUAUCCUUGUUUGUCCAGUUCUUAGUAUACAUCUACAGUGUGACUCGAUAUCUACACAGCAUCUUUGUCAAACAAUACUACAACAGAUGGUGGAUGCAGGAAGCUCUCAUCCUCAUGUUGGUACAAAGGAGGUAGUUGGAGAACAGAUUAUGAACUUUUUAUCAAAAUUUAAGAAAGUGAAAUUAAACCAGGCCAUCAAGACAUUAGAAAAGUUACCAAAAUCAGGCAACUGUUAUAUACAGAAGAUUUUACCAAGGAUAGAACAUGUCAUUGUGGAGUAUGAAUCCUUCAGGGGCACAGGACAGGAUACUAAACUAAGACAAACAUACCAUUCACUUAUUGAGACAUUCAACUCAUGA